UGUAAACAAAACACAUUUUUCCUUCAAACGGUGCUAAGGGUGUUAAACUAUCGCUACAUAUCGAGAUACGUAUGAAAAAUGUGAUUUUUAAAUGAAAAAACAUAUAUUUUACCAAAGGCCGAAGUCAAUGAUAUUUUGUUUGUAUUCAAAAUCCUCAUAGACCCUUUGGUUCUAAGGGCCAAUGUGGAAACUGGGUUGUUUUGUUUUGGAUUCGUGUUUGACCCAGGGACAAAAACAAUGUGUUUCAAAACAAACAGCGAAACAAAGAAUGGCCCUUUGUUUUGAAUUACUGCGAAACAGCAAGCUUCCGGGACAGAACGGAGUAGCGAUGCAGUGCGAGGCCACGGGACAGAUAUCUUCUUCCGGCUGUAUCGAAAAAGACGAUCUGAUCAACCCGAGAAUCAACCUAGUCAACGUGAACAACGGAAUUCCGAACAGUUCGCGCGCCCGCUUGAAACUCCUGCCAGCGCUGGCGGGAAGAGCAUGACGCGUUCUAUUUCAUCACGGCUUCGGAUUCCAAAACCCAGCAGCACCACAAUUCUGACUGUCCCCGUCUCUUCAUUUCUUUUACGGAGGAAAACCUGCGGCCGCAUGUCAACAACGCCUCGCUUCGGCAGCAACGACGUGCACCAAGUGAACCUAACUCCGCCAACGACUACGCCACGAAUAAGCCCAACCGGCGACGUCCGGAACAACCCGAUGGUGUCAAGCGCUUCGAACGAUUACGGUAGUGGCUACACGAGCGAGGCCGACGACACGAGCACCAACACUACGUCGCCGGAACAUCAAUCCGGAGCGGCGGAUGCGUCAGUGUUCAAAACAAGAAUAUGCUGGCCUCGAACGCGAUCAUAAACUCAGGUUGCCAUUACUGCUCCGAUGAUGGGUGUUGGCGAAGAACCGAUAAAGGCAGCAUUUGAGGAAAUCUGCUACCGGAAGAAGCGACGGCCGGUACAAGCUUGUGUACAAGUCAGCGCCGUUGCAGAAUCGAAUACCGACACGUGUUCUUCGCCUUUUGGUGAACUCAACCGGAGUGAAUGGCAACCGCCAACCGCCACCUCGACUGAUCCAGACGACUGACAAAUCCUCCACGUUCCAAUGCAAUCUGCGACGUCUCGAAUUAACUUUUCCACUAACAGAGAUUUAGUCAAAAUAAAAUUUCCCCAGUAUUUCUGUCCAAUUUAUACACCCUCAAGUCGUGCGUCAUUAUGAUUCCAGUAACUGUCUGGUUUUGAAAACAAAGAAAAACGAAACAGAUGAGCGAUGUACAUGAAUUUAUUAAAUAAAACCAUCACUUGAAGUCUCUGGUAGUCCAUUAAAUGGGCCGUUACGACUGCGGCCGUUACUAGCUUGGGUACAAGUCACCGAGUACAACACCGACACGUGUUCUUCGUCCUUGACCAACUCAACCGGGCCACCUCGACUGAUCCUCCACGUUCGAAAACCAUCUGCGACGGCUCCAAUCAACGAGGUUCACCUUUCCACUUACAGAGAUUUAUUCAAAAUAAAUAUUUCCCAGUAUUUCUGGAAAAUUCCUACACUCCCUACAGAAGUGCAUCAUUAUGAUUCUAUAUAUUUUCUGGUUUUUAAACAAACUCAAAA